AUGUAUAUUCAUGUAUGUAUUGGACAUCAAUGCGCAGCACGCAUCGAUGCCGUAUCCCUGGAUAGCGACAGCCGUCUAGCCUCCGAACUACAUGGGAGGAAUAUGUAUAUUCAUGUAUGUAUUGGACAUCAAUGCGCAGCACCCAUCGAUGCCGUAUCCCUGGAUAGCGACAGCCGUCUAGCCUCCGAAAUACAUGGGAGGAAUAUGUAUAUUCAUGUAUGUAUUGGACAUCAAUGCGCAGCACGCAUCGAUGCCGUAUCCCUGGAUAGCGACAGCCGUCUAGCCUCCGAACUACAUGGGAGGAAUAUGUAUAUUCAUGUAUGUAUUGGACAUCAAUGCGCAGCACGCAUCGAUGCCGUAUCCCUGGAUUGCGACAGCCGUCUAGCCUCCGAAAUACAUGGGAGGAAUAUGUAUAUUCAUGUAUGUAUUGGACAUCAAUGCGCAGCACGCAUCGAUGCCGUAUCCCUGGAUAGCGACAGCCGUCUAGCCUCCGAACUACAUGGGAGGAAUAUGUAUAUUCAUGUAUGUAUUGGACAUCAAUGCGCAGCACGCAUCGAUGCCGUGUCCCUGGAUAGCGACAGCCGUCUAGCCUCCGAAAUACAUGGGAGGAAUAUGUAUAUGCAUGUAUGUAUUGGACAUCAAUGCGCAGCACCCAUCGAUGCCGUAUCCCUGGAUAGCGACAGCCGUCUAGCCUCCGAAAUACAUGGGAGGAAUAUGUAUAUUCAUGUAUGUAUUGGACAUCAAUGCGCAGCACGCAUCGAUGCCGUAUCCCUGGAUAGCGACAGCCGUCUAGCCUCCGAAAUACAUGGGAGGAAUAUGUAUAUUCAUGUAUGUAUUGGACAUCAAUGCGCAGCACGCAUCGAUGCCGUAUCCCUGGAUAGCGACAGCCGUCUAGCCUCCGAACUACAUGGGAGGAAUAUGUAUAUUCAUGUAUGUAUUGGACAUCAAUGCGCAGCACGCAUCGAUGCCGUGUCCCUGGAUAGCGCGGAGGCGCGGAAAGGUGCCCAGUGCUUGUGUUACUCGAUCUAUGGAGUCGGAGCACUGAGUCCGUAG